UGUCUUGAUCACUUUCUCUUCGAAAAGAAGUUCUACUUGUUAGAAAAUUUGAAGGUAAAUUUAUACAAUGGUUCUCGCGUGGAUUUGGGUCGAGCUGAUGCGAUAUCGGUGUAUUCGGAUGAUAGUUUCACUGAGCUACUUCAUCGUUUCACGCCAUCAACUAAAGACUUCUCGUUAUCAGUUCAGUCGAAUUCAAAAUUAACGAUUCAUGUACGUGCGAGUGCAGCCGAUGGCGAGUACGGGUUUCUGGCCGAAAUUGUCGUCCUUCCAUCUGUUCCACAAAGGAAUCCUGUUGAGGAAAUCGUGCUGCAUCAGAGCCGAAUUGAAGAAAACGAUCGUGGUGCGAUCUCGUAUCGAAAUACGGGUGAAAUGGGACCAAAUAUAAUCUGGGCUCAACUGAGAAGCACAUCAAUCACGCAUAAUAUUGGUGGUUUGCUGGUGACAAGUGAAACAUCAUCAGCCGUGGCACGACUUGUGAUUGUUAUUCGAGACUCAGCACUGAUGCAUAAUUCAAAUAGUACCACACUUGCGUUACUUGGCAAUAAUUAUCAGAAAGCCACUCUUCUCAACAACCUCAUCUCACGCAACUAUGCACUCUAUCAAGACAUCGUAUUCAUACGCGGCAUUUCAACCAAUUUCACGCAUAAUCUCUUCUCUAACAAUACCGGCCUUCAUAUAGUCGACACCCAACCGUACAGUUCAUUGUCAACAGAAUCUCAAGCUUUCUACAACAAUUGGUUCUAUGAUAAUAUCGCUUUGGGGCAUGGACAUCAAUACAUGGAAGAUUAUGGAUUCCAACCGGAAAAUUUGCUUGAUGAUUAUUCACGUCGUCCAAAGCGUCAAGUGUUGGAUCAAGAUGGUGUCAGUUUCGAUUGGUGGACACACGUUGGCGGUGAUACACAACGCUAUCGCAGCACUGUUUUCGCUGGUACAUCACGACAAACGUAUCGAAUGAAUUCAUUCAACAAUCCAUUGAAUCCGUACGAACUCACAACAGCACCGGUCACGAACUUCGAUGCGGGUGUAAUUGAUGCACGUGAAAAUUAUUGGGGAUAUCCGGGAACGAUUGGUGUGGCUAGUGGGAAGAUACGUGAUGGAUUGGAUUAUGAUUAUUUGAUCAGAGUUGAUUAUCAACCUGUACUUGAAUCAAAUACUUCACUCAUUGAUGGUGAUUGCCCGGCCGGAUGGUUCGCGGCUGGUUACGACGAAUUCAGAUCGUGUUUCCUGUAUGUUGGUGCAGCUGCAACUUAUACUUCAGCGGUCAAAUUUUGUGAGGAGAUGGAUGCCUUUGUGCCUUUCUUGCGAGCCGACGAUGGAAGGCAGACGGAACUGGCACAAAAAGUCAAUGAAAUCACAAAAAUAAGCACUGUAGACGGUGAUCGUUUCAACUCAUAUCCGGUAAGAGAGUACUUGCGUUUCUGA